GGCCUGCCGUCGGCCUGCCAUCCGCAGUCUUUCCUCGGCGAUUUGUUGAUGACGACGGUGAUUACCGGCGACAGCUAGCCUGCCUGAAAGGAGAAUCUUGGCCGCAGGGUUAUAUAUUUAGGGGCAGCGUGCUACCGCUGCUGCUGCUACUUUGGCUCCCUCAAGGUUGCGCAAGCAAGCAAGGGCCACCACUCAAGUAACGUGCUUGCGAGACACAUUGAUCCAAGUAAGAGAGAAUCGACAGACACAAGAUGGCGACAGAAGGCCCCGAACCGCUGCCUGCGCUGGACCCGCGCAAGACUGCGUUUGUGGUCAUGGACAUUCAGCCACUCGUCUUUGCGCGCAUGCCGUCGCCGCCUACGGAUCUGCUUCCGUCCAUCACGGCGAUGCUGGCCGCGGCGCGCCGGACGGGAUGCACCGUCGUGAUUGUGCGUGUCGCGUUCAGUGCGACCGAUUUUGCCGCGAUCCCUCCAACGAACAAGGCGUUUGGUCGCCUCGCCGAGAGGGCGGGCGGGUCCGCCGAGAAGCUCGGCGUGCUCGAAAGCCAGCCCGCGACGCAGGUGCUGGACGAGGUCAAGCCGCUGGCGGGCGAGAUUGAGGUGCGAAAGACGCGCACGGGCGCCUUUUCGACGACGGACCUCCAUGAGCAGCUCAAGGCAAAGGGCAUCGACACGCUUAUCCUGGCCGGCGUGUCCACAUCGGGAGCGGUGCUUUCCACCGUCAGGGAUGCCACCGACAAGGACUACCGCAUCGUCGUGAUGCGCGACGGCGUGGCCGAUCCAAAGGAGGAGGUCCACAACAUCCUGCUGGACGUCGUCUUUGAGCACUCCUGCUACGUGGCCAAGUCAAGCGAGAUCAUCGAAAAGCUGGGCUGAGUGGAGUGCAAUACAAAUCUAG